UGUAAUCUCUAAAGCCUGUAUUUUUCCUGCUAAACACUGUGUGUUUCUCCCAUCAACACAGGUAACCAUCUCACAUGCAUAACAGAAGAGUUUGGAAUUUUCCACCACACACUUUAAGUGGUUACACAAGUCAUCUACAUAAAUCAUCUGACCGCUGUGGUGGUGUGCGUCUGGAGCCAAGCACUGAGCAACGAUCAGACCUACAGAGACUUUAGAAAUCGUCUGCACUCUUCUCACUUCUUCUCGAUUCUUCAGAACAUUCUAAAGGUUUUCAGAACUUUUCCAACAAGCCAUCUGGAUUGCUUCUGUCUCUUCUGCUGGAGAAAUGCUCCAGGUUUCUCCAGGCUUGGAUUUCUCCAGCCUCGGCUCAGCAGAGCCACAGGCGGCGAGCGGCUCGGCCAGCUGUCAAAGGCUUCGUUCCUGUUCCCUUUUUGAGACGUCAGAUUUGAUUGAGUGCCAAAGGCAGUUCCUCAGACCUCGGUCCAGAUCCUUCUACACCUUCGAUCAAAACGGAAACAAUGAAGACCAGCAAGCUUUUCAGGGGGAAGCUGAGAAACAAGAGAACGGGGGAAACUUUCAGAACAAACCGCCAUCGAAAAGAUCCACAGCAGGAGUAAACAAACAUCUGAGUAAAGAUCACGGAGGUUCAAGAGGAAACCCUAAAAACAUCCCGAUGUUGACCAUCACCGAGCCGGAUAGCUGGGAGAUCAGCUCGUCUUCUGGCAUGAAAUAUGGUCACUAUGUGGACUGGGAGAAAAUUGAGCCAGAAGCAGCCUCUCGCUUCCAGAAAGUUCUACAGAGCGAUCAUUCAGAGCUGAAGGAAAUGGCUCGCUCCGGAUUCUGGGUAACACAGCACACGCUGCAUGCCAAAUCCUACCAGCACCUUGUUCACCUCAUUGAGUGUACGUCCAGCGCCGAGGACUCGGAGACGUACCACUCGCUGGUGGGUAGGAUGUUCGAGGAACACGGGAGGAGCACGCAUCCUUUCCCCAAGUUCAUGAAGGAUGGUGAGAUCCCUCGCUACUGCCUGAACAAAUCCGGCCUGAACUCGGUGAAGAAGAUCCUCCUGUGUGUGAGCGAGAACUUCCCAGAAAUGUCCUUUUGCCCCAUUUUGCCGGCCCUGGUGUCUCUGCUGCUUCACUACAGCGAGGACGAGGCUCAGUGCUUCCACAGCAUCUGCUCUCUCGUGAGAUACACAGAUCCACAAAAGCGCUACAUCGAUCAGAACUUUGUUACCACCCACGCGUCCUGCAUGACCUUCGGGGACUUAGCCAACAAGUACUGCCGUGGGAUCCGUAAGCUGAUCGCCAGCUCCCAUCAGAGCCUCUUCGAGUUCUAUUCCGACUGGAUCAUGUGGAUUUUCGCCGAUUUGCCUUUCGGCUAUGCCGUCCGAGCGCUGGACAUCUACCUGGUCGAGGGCUACAAGGUUCUGUACCGUGUCGCUUUAGCGCUGCUCAGCCUCUACAAAGUCUCGGUGAGCUCCCGAGUGGCCCAUGUAGAAGAUUUCAAGCAGGAUAUGAAGAGGUUUGUGGAGAACGUGAGCCGUCACAGUAGCGUCGAGGCUCUGCUUCAGAGAGCUUUUAGCAUCCAGCUGCCUACACGCAAGGAGCUCAACUUCCUCUACAACGCUAACAAGCAAGCACUAAUACAGAAGGGGAUAGAGCACAAGAGCUCUUACCAGAGUGUAGAUUUGAGGUGUUUUCGCUCCAGUGUGGUGUCUGAGACGGAGAUGCGAGUGGUGUGGGCAUGGAUCCCCGAACGCUUCUCUCUCUUCAGCCCAGAACGUCUCUACAGCACUGAGGAACAUGGCAGAAACCUCACCUCGUUUUAUGCGCAUGUUGAAGGCCACGAGCCGACGGUGCUGCUCCUGAGAACAGUGGACGAGGAGGUGUGUGGAGCAUUUCUGUCUUCAGACUGGACUCUGAGGAGCUGUGAGGAAGCGGAGCUGCAGUUUUUCGGCACUGGAGAGUGUUUCGUUUUCUCGCUGAGGCCAGCGAUGGAGCGAUACCAGAAAACUGUGCUGCACAUCUCAGGGACGACAAGAACAAAGGAAUCUUCUUCAUCUUCAUCUUCCUUAGCUUGCACUUCCUGUGAUGUAAAGACAUCGUCCUGCUCCGUCUCCCCUCCUGUGACCCCACGCUUCAUGAGCGGAGAUGAUGAGAAUCUGUUUAUUGGUGGAGACGGGGGACAUGCUCUGUGUCUCACAGCAGGUCUGACAGCAGGACAGUCUGGAUACUGCGACACUUUUGACAGUCCGAUCCUCUGCAGGGGCAAAUUCAGGAUCCAGAGUCUGGAAGUUUGGGGAAUUCAGAAUGAUCCACUUUAAAGAGUACACACACACACACACACACACACACCAGUUAAUGCUAAUUUAUUCUGAAUGAGUUUUAUGAUCUGUAAAGGUUGUGUGUUACUUAUUUAUAGAGUGUGUAUUUUAGUGAAUAUGUAGUGGAGUACAAAUACACACAGCUAUUAUUAUUAUUAUUAUUAUUAUUAUUAUUAUUGUUGUUGUUGUUAUGAUGAUGAUGAAUCUCUGUAACACUGAUCAUUUUGGUGACUUUUUUCAGACAUCAUCU